AGAUAAAGUAGGCAGUCUUUGUGGAGUAUCAGAAGACUCUGGUAGGUGUUGCUUCACUCCCAAGUCAGUGUAGCUACUACUGUGGUAAAGGGGUGGAAUAGUUAGUAAUAACUAACUAUAAUUUGCUCUUAAUAGACUUGCUUAUUUGGGGCUAAUAGCAAUAGUCAAAAUGGGCAAAGGAAAGGAUAAAAAGGGAUUCUAUUUGGUAGCAGGUUCUGCUAGAUCAGAAGCAGCAAAGGCUCUAAUAGUUCCAUUUGAUAUUCUAUACUCCAUCAUUGCCACUGGAGCAAUGCUAAAUGGAAAAGAUUUUAGCAGAGAAAACCAGAGUGCUAUACACUAACAUGCUUGGGGCUAGUAUAUGUAGUGACCAGUGUUGAAGCAAACAAUGAAGCAAAUAAUGGAGUGAAUAAUGGAGAAAUAAUUCCAACUACUCGUAUAAAUGGACCAUGCAAAAGGAUAAAAACAGAAGGAGGUACAACAUGGAGCAACAACCAAAGAACAAUCUGUGGGACAAUAAUAACAAUAACCGGAGGAAAACAAGGUAAUACAAGAGGAGGAACAACAAUUAUUGAAGAAGGAAAUAUUACUACAGAAGGUGGAGAACUAAUCUUUAAUAAUGGAAAAGUAAGUAAUAAAGAAGGAAGGUUUUUCAACAUAGGAGGAGAGGAAAUACUUUACCAAAAACCUAAUGAAGACAAUGAAGAACCUAUUGAUGAAGAAUGACAAUGAAGAACUUGGUGAUGAAGAACCUGGCGAUGUAUACAUUGUAAUAAAAGGAGGAAUAACAACCAUCACUGGGGGAACAACAACUUUCACUGCAGACAGUGCAACAGUUAUGGGGGGAGAAGUAAUGCCACAAAAUAAUCCUAAUCAAAAUGAAGAGUAUGAAGGAACAUCUUUGGAAAAAGACCCCAGGCUUAUAAAGAAAGAAAUUAUUAAAGUAGCAGUGGCCAAUUGGUUUUGUAUUGGAUUGUUUUUGAUUGCUGAUAAUAGUCAACCUUUUGACUGUGUGGUUGAAGAAAACAUCAAUUUCAACUAUGCAUUACGAAUAAUCUUUUUAUUCAUUUCUUUAAUUCUAUAUUGUUUAUCAAUCUUGAAAGUAACUCAACUUUGGUACCAAUCUCGUGAUCCUACUCCAGUAGACCGUGAUCCUACUUCAGUAGACCGCGAUCCUAGUCCAAUAGACCAUGAUCCGACAAUAGACCGUGAUCCUACUCCAAUAGACCAUGAGCCUAGUCCAGUAGACCAUGAUCCUACUCCAAUAGACCGUGACACUACUACAGGAGGCACGGCUCAUACUCACACUCUUCCAAGAGACCAAACAUCACCUGAGUCUCGUUGUACUUCAGUAGUUGUUUGAAGAAAUACCAUGGUAUUCACACUUUACAUAUAUGAGUAAAAUUUAACAAUUUAGCUAAAACUAAUAGUAUUCCUAAUAAUAGUAUUUAUACCAUUAGUUAAAUAUUUUAAAAGGUGUGACACACUAACAAUUAAUGACAAUUAACAGUUGUAAUAAUUAAUUAUGAGUUUUAAUAAAUAACACUUGAUUUAAAACAACUAGAUAUAGCAAAUUUUUUUGC